UUUGUCCCUUGUCCCUCUGCGACGACGUGGCCGAGAGGAUAAUCCCUGCCGGCACGAGGUGAGGGCGAGCCGGGAGCACCUCAUCCUGGCACGCUUCCUGGCCGGCACGCUCCGCCGAUCCCCGCGAAGCGUGGGAGGGGGGGGGGUCCCUCCCCGGUCCCGUUACAGGUGGGGGGGUUGACCGGCACGUUCCCGGGCUGCGCCCGCUUGUGGAUGAGGGUGGCCGGGACGCGUCGGAUGGCGGGAGAGCAGCUGGCGGAGAGUCGUCCCGGGCUGGAUAAAGCCAAGCACGGGAGAGGAAAUUCCUGCGGGAAGCCUUCCAGGUCUCUGCUGGAUGAAGCCGUGCGGAAGGGGACGGAUGUGACCGAAAAGGUCUGUGACUGGAAGGAGCCCCAGGAGCUGCGGGAGCUGCUGGACCUGGAGCUGCGGAGCAGCGGGGAGCUGCCGGAGCGGCUACUGGAGCGCUGCCGGGACGUCAUCCGCUACAGCGUCAAAACCUGUCACCCUCGCUUCUUCAACCAGCUCUUCUCCGGCCUGGACCACCACGCGCUGGCAGGACGCCUGAUCCAACCGAAGGCCCUCAAACCACGCCAGUACGGGCGACGGGAAAAGGGGAGGGGCUGGCCCAUAACACGAGGCUCCAUCUCCAACAUGUAUGCCAUGAACGUGGCCCGGUUCCACCGCUUCCCAGAGAGCCGGCAGAAGGGCAGCUGGGCUCUGCCGCGCCUGGCCCUCUUCACCUCCCAGGAGAGCCACUACUCCAUCCAGAAAGGAGCUGCGUUCCUGGGCAUCGGCACCGACAACGUCCACCUGGUGGGCACCGAUGAGAGGGGGAAGAUUGAUUCACGGAGGAUGGUGGGAGAAAAGGAGAUCAAGCAGAGGCCGAUUCGUCUAGUUGGCCACCAUGUGGCCACCCACCGUCCUGGUCGGCGCCUUCGAACCCACUGGGACAGAUCACGCGAAAUUCUGCCGUGUGCCACGGCCUCUGGUUCCACGUGGACGGCCGACUCGGUGGCCUGGAACCCCCACAAGAUGCUGACAGUGGGUUUGCAAUGUUCGGCCUUCCUGCUCCGCGACACCUCCGGCGUCCUCCAGCGCGGAUGCCACGGGCCCGGUGCCCAACGACCUCUUCAACACCGGAAAAAUAAAUUUUCCGACGUCAGUUUACAUGGACGAGGAGGUGAAGAGGAGGAUUCGGCUUGUCCACAGCUGGUGCUGGAAAUCGGAGGAAACAGGUCCAUGAUGGUGGGCUACCAGCCCCACGGCGCCAGGGUCAACUUCUUCCGCCAGAUCGUCACCCAACCCCGCCGUCACAAGGUAACAGACGGGAUUCUCCUGGAUGAGAUCGAGAGGCUGGGACAGGAUUUGUGAGGACCCCAGGAGGCCUCCUAGGACCCCUUACCCUCGCCCAGCAGACCCCUCCACGCAUGAGAAGAGUUGAGCAGAGCUAGCACUUUCCUCCGGCAUCCGGCGUCCA